ACUCACUGUGGUAGCGCUCCACUAUCAAGACAGCUCGUGGUUGUGCAUCAGACUGAACUUCAUCCUCACAUCAUGGUUGACCAGUUUGUUGGAACCUGGACUCUGGUUUCCAGUGACAACUUUGACGAGUACAUGAAGGCAGUUGGUAUGAGUUUUGCCACUCGUCAAAUGGGCAACCUUGUUAAACCUAACCUGAUGGUCAGCGUGGGAGCGGAUGGGCUCAUCUCCAUCAAGGCUGAGAGUACUUUCAAGACUACAACAAUCUCAUUCAAGCUGAAUGAAGAAUUUGAUGAAGAGACAACAGAUGGACGAAAGGCAAAGUCCCUAUUUACUCUAGAGGAUGGCAAGCUUGUGCAGAAACAGAUGUGGGAUGGAAAGUCAACAACGCUAGAGCGAGAGAUUCAAGAUGGAAAGCUUAUCACUAAAUGUGUCAUGGAUGAUGUUGCUGCAGUGAGGACCUACGAGAAAGCAGCAUAACCCCUUCAUGCCUUGAAGUUCAUUCAUAAAUACAAAAGUAUUAAACUGUUGUAAAACAUGCCAAUAAAGUUUGAAUUGUGA